CGGCAAACGGACUUGAGGAAGAAAAGAGCCUAAUCAUUUUGUUCUUCACGAGAAUUAACCCUGCUAUUUCUCUUUCUCUUUCAUUCAAUUUUUUUAAUAGAAAAAAAAAGAUUUAAUUUGAAAGAAAUGAGAGAUGAAAACUAAAUACUUCUUUUUUUCUAUGUGAGUGAAAAAAAGAGGGAAAAAAACCAUAGAAAAAAAAAGGAGUUGCCAAUGCCUUUUGAUUGCCUUACUCUUUGAGCUUUGAAGCCAUGGCCGGCGAUCUGAGUUUCUUCAGCAAGGAUUCUUUCAUCCUAAAGCUGCCAAAGAAGUCUCCAUUGGUGUUGAGGAUGGUUGUGUUGUUGUUUGUAAUGGUUUGUGGUGUGUAUAUAUUCUCAAUUUGUUUGAAGCAAAUAAGCACCAGCAGCACGUCUGAGUUUUUGAAUAUCGGAGUGAUUCAAAAGCCUUGUCCAGAACCUAAUAUUGAGCCAUGGGAAAUUCCUUACGUGCACUAUCCGAACCCCAAAACUUUUAGCAGGGCCGAGUGCGCGUGCAAUCCUGUCCGGUAUUUUGCCAUUAUGUCAAUGCAGAGAUCUGGGAGCGGAUGGUUUGAAACCUUAUUGAACAAUCAUACUAACAUAAGCUCAAAUGGGGAGGUAUUCUCUGUCAAAGUUAGGAGGACUAAUGUGUCAACAAUUGUUGAGACUUUGGACAAAGUGUACAACUUAGACUGGUUCACCAGUGCCUCCAAAAAUGAGUGCACAGCUGCUGUUGGAUUGAAGUGGAUGCUUAAUCAGGGAUUGAUGCAGUACCACAAAGAAAUAGUGGAAUACUUUAAUGCUCGGGGUGUUUCAGCUAUUUUUCUCUUUAGAAGGAAUCUUUUGCGCAGGAUGAUUUCAAUACUAGCUAAUUCUUAUGAUCAGAAUGCCAAGCUACUAAAUGGAACCCACAAGUCUCAUGUUCAUUCCCCUCUCGAGGCUGACAUACUUGCCAGUUACAAGCCUGUAAUCAACGCAACGCUGCUAGUUCCAAAUAUAAGGGAGGUUGAAGAGACUACUAAAAAGGCAUUGGAGUACUUCAAAAGCACCAGGCAUAUCAUACUUUACUACGAGGAUGUAGUAAAGAACCGCACUAAACUAGCCGAGGUUCAAGAAUUCCUAAAAGUUCCAAAGAGGGAGUUAAGUAGUCGUCAGGUAAAGAUACACAAGGGGUCAUUAUCCAAACACAUUCAGAAUUGGAAUGAUGUAGAAAAAGCACUCAACGGAACACAGUAUGAAAGUUACCUAUAUGGAGAUUACAGGAGGUAAACCAUUGGCAUGUACAUUCUAUUAUUGACCCUUUUAUUCUUUUGAUCUCCAAAUGACAGGACUCAGGAGCCAACAGGGUGGGGAACCCACCAAGCCACCCUGUUGAAGUUUUGGCUAUAGAUUUUGCUUAUUUUUCUUUCAACUUAGAAACCUGUUUCUUUUCUUCUUCCUCUUCUUCUUUUGUAGCCUCAAACCGACUAUUCUAUUCAUUCUUUUGCCCUCUCAACACACAAACUUUGCUGUAUCUUUUUUUCCAAUCAAAGGAGAAAUUUGUAUUUUCCUGCUA